AUGGUCGAGAACUUCCCUUUCAAUUCAACUCUCAUUAACACCAACCUCCCCCCAACCCCAAUUCUUGAAACCCCACUAGCCCAGCGCAUCAACGCCUAUGCACGCACCUCCCCGAAGGACCAUACAGCCACUUACGACCGAUCGGGCUCAUCAAACGGUACCGAUUCCCGUUUGCGGACUGGGACUUUGGACAAGACUUUCUUCCUGGCUUGUUUGUUGCAUGAUAUCGGGUCCACAGAGACCAGUAUCACCAGACUGAGUUUUGAGUUCUUCGACGACGUGUUGGCAUUGCGCGUCUUGCAGACUGAUACUCAAUACAUCCACGAAGACGAAGACGAGGCUGAUGUGGGUGUUCAUGUCCGUGAUCGGGGAACCUAUACUUGCUUUAGUGAGGCGAGGGCCCCGCAUGAACAGGCGGAGAGCGUGACGGAGAUCAUUCGAUAUCGGGAUUUGUCGCUUGGUGGCAUCACUGUGGGACAGUUGUUGCAGCUAGCGAUGUACGCUGUACAACAUCAUCAGCUGAUCUCCAAAAACCAACUUCCUUGCAGAUAA